AUGGCUCCCACUAAUGCCCACAUCGCGCAACAACUCCGACAGCUCAUCUACUACCACCUCGAUAACAAUCUACUGAAGAACGCCCUCUUUCUGGCUGCUCGUCUCAUCGCCUACGACUCCAGGUCUGCCGAAGCAGCCUACCUCCUCUCAUACUGCCAACUACAAGGUGGUUACGUCAAGGCUGCAUGGGAUUCUUGCCGAUCUUUUGCCCUAAGAGGUGCCCAUCUCGGCUGUUGCUAUAUCUUUGCCCAGGCUUCCCUCGAGUUGGGCCGACACGUUGAUGGACUGACUGCCUUGGAAAAGAGCAAACCGCUAUGGCAGAACCGUAAUAAUUGGGGCCAACACAAUGAAUCCCGCCGGCAGCAUCUCCCUGACGCCCCGGCUAUCUUGUGCCUGAAGGCCAAGUUGUUGAGGGCUCAUAAAAACCUCGACCAAGCCGUUGAAUGCUGGGCAGCUGCCCUACGGCUGAAUCCUUUCAUGUGGGAUGCGUUCACGGGUCUUUGCGAAGCCGGCGCUACAGUUAGCAUUCCUAACCUGUACAAUAUGUCACCUGAACUCCUCUCCUUGACCCAGAUGUCUGUACAAUCCUCCCACAAGCUGGACAAUCCUUCCUCCGCAGUAUCAGAGAAGCUGCCUGCCUCGACUCACCCCCCACCUACCAUUUACUCAACUCAAGGCCCACUCGAUCCCUUUUUGUCCAAUCAUAAAGCGAGUGGAACUGUCCAACAAGGAAAUUCCGUGCUGUGGGAGAAACUCAAUGGUAGUAAAAUCAGUGUCAAUACUGCCAGCACAGUCCUUGAUGAAGAAGUCUCUGCCACCCCUGUCCCGGGAAAUGAUCUCGAUCAAGUUGUCCUGCAAACUCAGUUUCACGAUCCCCCGCCCGCUCCUGCGAGGAAAAUGAAACCCGCUCCAGACGAUCCUUCAGAAGGACCUCCUCGGUGGAAAGCCGGAUCAGCACGAGCAAAGGCAAAACCUAAAACAGACGAGAUCCUGCAAGAUUCGAUUCCACCCGUGCCCCCUGUGCCUUCUAAGAGAACAGUCUCGGGCCAGCCCGCCGCCAAUAAUCAUGCCCUGCCUGGCACGUCUGAGGGCACAAGACGCAGCAACAGAUUGCUCAACACUACUCGCCCUCCGGGUGCAAGCACCACCGCCGGCAGUAAGAUUUCCUCAAUAGCCAACACCCUGGGACUUCGUGAAGGUCGAGAAAUCAGAAAAGCCAAGGCCCCUGCCAUCAAAGGGAGAGUCGCGAACGCUGCCACCGUAGGUAGAGUAGUUAGCGGAAAUCGGACCAGGACUGGCUCAACCGACGCAAUGGAUGUUGACAUGAAAGAGCAGAGACCAGUAACGCAUCCUCCACCAGUCCCCCCUCUUCCAAACCCCAAAAUUCGAGCCGAACUGCAUGCAGCCAAGGACAUCGAAGCUGUGUCCGCCCUUCUGGACCUUUUUGGGAGGAUGGCUUCUGCACAAUUGGCCCUUUCCCACUACGACUGUCAGGCGGCGAUCCAAGCCUACAAUUCACUCCCAUCCACCCAGCGCGAGACGCCGUCAAUUCUCUCUCAAAUUGGCAAGGCCUACUAUGAGCAAGGCUCACAUGCAGAGGCCGAGAAAUUCUUCAUUCGCGUACGACAGCUUGCGCCCAAUCGUCUUGAAGAUAUGGAGAUUUACUCCACUGUCCUUUGGCAUUUGAAAUCCGAGAUCGAACUUGCCUAUCUCGCCCACGAGCUUGUUCAGGUGGACAGGUUGUCUCCUCAAGCCUGGUCAGCCAUUGGAAAUUCAUUCUCGCGGCAGAAUGAGCAUGAGCAAGCCAUCAAGUGCUUCAAACGGUCUACUCAGCUCGAUCCCAACUUUGCCUAUGGUUAUACUCUACAGGGCCAUGAGUUUAUUCAGAACGAAGAAUUCGAGAAGGCUCUAGAAGCCUACCGAUCUGCAAUUGCUGUAGACGGCCGACAUUACAACGCUUGGUAUGGUCUUGGUAAGGUCUAUGAGAAAAUGGGCAAGUGGACCAUCGCAGAACAACAUUAUCGAACUGCCGCAAGGAUCAACCCUACGAACGCCGUUCUCGUUUGUUGCAUAGGUGUGGUUUUGGAAAAGCUGAAGAAUCCUGAACAAGCAUUACAAAUGUACACUCGGGCUUGUAGCCUUGCUCCGAGCAAUGCAUUGAGUCGGUUCAAGAAGGCCAGAUGUUUGAUGAGCUUGGCCCGCCCGAGGGAAGCUCUAGCGGAACUCCUGAUAUUACGAGACGUGGUCCCCGAUGAGCCAAACGUGUGGUUCCUGAUGGGUCGACUCUAUAAGAUCCUACGACUAAAGGCAGAGGCCGUUAGAGCCUUCACCAUGGCGCUCAACUUGGAUCCUAAGGCUGCGCAGUAUAUUAAGGAUGCUAUGGAAACCCUUGAUGAUGACGACGAAGACAACUAUGACGACGACGAGGAAAUGAACUAA